AUGGAGGCGGGCGUCGGCACCACCAUCAGAGUCAUACAGCCGAACCACCCUCGCUGCGGCGAGACCGGCCGCAUCGUAGUUGACGAUAGACUCACCGGCGGCGUGUUGGUCAAGUUCGACAAGGACGGCGCCGCGCUCGGCGGAGUUCUCGCCGCCGGCCUCGAGCCGUCCCUCUGCGCAAGGGGCGGGCGGCUCCGGCUCGCGGCUAGCUGCGCUGAGGCGGGCCUCGCAGAGUGGAUCGGCCGCGCCCCGCUCGCAGCGCCGCUCCGCUCGGCGGCGCUGGCACGCGCACCCGCGCUGCCACGGCUGGCAGAGUGCGCCGCCGCGUCGGUCGCCACGCACGUGGGCGCGUGGGUCGGCGCCGCCGCAGGAGCGUCGCUGGCCUCGUCGGUGCUCGCGUCCCUCUGGCUCUCGAACGUGUUUGCCGUCGCCGGCGCGCACGUCGGCGCGCGCGCUGCGACGCGGAGGCGCUCUCACGCGCGGCGCAUCGCGGCGGGCUACGCCGGCUUGGUUGCGGGCGCGCUGGUGUCGCAGAAGCUGUUGGGCCGGUUUGGGUGGCAGGUCACCGCGGCCCGGGGCCCAUAG